CUUGCGCCUGCGCGCCGGAAGCCCUUCCCCGUCCCUCCCCGGCCUGUGCCGGCGGACUUUCUCGGGGCCGGUGGGCGCCACGCCGCCUUCGCCUCCUCCUCCUCCUCCUCCUCCUCGCUCCCCCCUCCGGGCCUGGCCCUGGCGCCGCUCUUCCCCGCGGCCGGUCCGCUCCCGUUCCCGCUCCGGGCCUUCCUCAGGUGGGCGCCCGCCUCGCACGCCUCGCACGCCCGGCCCUUCCUCCUCAGGCCUACCGCCUCCUCCUCCUCGGCCGCCAUGCCGGGCCCCGCCGCAGGGAGCCGCGCCCGCGUCUACGCCGAGGUCAACAGCCUCCGCAGCCGAGAGUACUGGGACUACGAGGCCCACCUCCCCGCCUGGGGGAACCAAGACGACUACCAGCUUGUUCGGAAGCUUGGCCGGGGGAAAUAUAGCGAAGUCUUUGAAGCUAUCAACAUCACCAACAACGAGCGAGUGGUGGUGAAAAUCCUUAAGCCAGUGAAGAAAAAGAAGAUAAAACGGGAGGUGAAGAUUUUGGAGAACCUGCGCGGCGGAACCAACAUCAUCAAGCUGGUCGACACCGUCCGGGAUCCCGUGUCCAAGACCCCCGCCCUGGUGUUUGAAUACAUCAAUAACACAGAUUUCAAGCAACUCUACCAGAUCCUGACAGACUUUGAUAUCCGGUUUUAUAUGUACGAAUUGCUCAAGGCCUUGGAUUACUGUCACAGCAUGGGCAUCAUGCAUAGAGACGUCAAACCUCAUAACGUCAUGAUAGACCACCAACAGAAAAAGCUGCGCCUCAUCGACUGGGGCUUGGCCGAGUUCUACCACCCCGCUCAGGAAUACAACGUCCGCGUCGCCUCGAGGUACUUCAAAGGCCCCGAGCUCCUCGUGGACUACCAAAUGUACGACUAUAGCCUCGACAUGUGGAGCUUAGGCUGUAUGCUGGCCAGCAUGAUCUUCCGGAAAGAGCCCUUUUUCCACGGUCAAGACAACUAUGACCAGUUGGUUCGCAUCGCCAAGGUCCUGGGUACGGACGAAUUAUAUGGUUACCUGAAGAAGUACCACAUAGAACUGGACCCGCACUUCAAUGAUAUCCUGGGACAGCAUUCUCGGAAGCGCUGGGAGAACUUCAUUCACAACGAAAACAGACACCUGGUCAGCCCUGAGGUCUUGGACCUUCUGGACAAACUCCUGCGAUACGACCAUCAACAGAGGUUGACUGCCAAAGAAGCCAUGGAGCACCCCUAUUUCUACCCGGUGGUGAAGGAGCAGGUCCAGCAGCAGCAGCAGCCCAGUUCGGACAGCCCCGUCCUCUCCAGCGGCCUGACCGCCGCCCGAUGAAGUUUGGGGAGACGGCGACGCAGACGACGACGACGGCAACGACGGGUCUGUCUGACGCUGUUCCUCCCCAUUUCCCAUAAGCAGAGCAAGAAACCAAACCCAAGACGUCUUCACCCGCUUCUGUACAGAGGAGGUGCGCAUCUUCUUUAGCGGUCAGCGAAGUGACCGGUUGGAGGAGCGGCGCGGCGGCAAGAACAGCGGCGAAGGCACCCGAGAAGCACCCAAAACUCACUGACCUCCCUCUUCCGGUUGACCUCUUCUGGACCAAGAAAGCAUGGCCAAGGCGAAGGGCAUGCUCAACCCGUUCUCGUCAUCUCCCGGCGCCCAGACCAGUAUGUCUUCUCCGGCCAGAACGGCCCUUUUACUGGGCAAACUGGUGCGGGGGAGGCUCCGUGCCGUGAUGGACAGUUCUAUAUUCAGAAGUAUUAUAUAUAUUAUUGAAUAAAGGUUUUAAAAGUA